GAACAAAUCCUUCAACAGCUAAAAUGUAAUUUCACAUGGAAUUUACUUAAGGAAAAAGAUAUCCGAGAGGAUCUGGAAGACAGAGUGUAUGAGCAGAUUGAAUCUUCAAACUUCGAGUCCAAAGGCACAAUGUACAACUUGUUGGCCUACAUAAAACAUUUACGUGGUCAGAACGAGGCUGCCCUGGAAUGCUUACAGCAAGCUGAAGAGUCAUUCCAGAAAGAGUACUCUGACCAAGCAGAUGUCAGGAACCUGGUGACCUGGGGAAACUAUGCCUGGGUCAAUUAUCACCUGGGCAAACUCGAAGAAGCUCAGGCUUAUGCUGACAAGGUGAAACGGGUAUGUGAGAAGUUUUCAAAUCCUUUCAGUCUUGAGUGUCCUGAGCUGGACACUGAGGAAGGGUGGGCUCGGCUAAAGUGUGGCAACAGCCAGUUUGAAAGGGCCAUAGUGUGCUUUGAGAAGGCUCUGGAAAGACACCCAGAUGACCCGGAAUUUGCCAGUGGACUGGCCAUUGCGAGGCACCGUGCCAGUGACUGUCCAGCACCUGUGAAUGUCUUGGAUCUUCUGACCGAAGCCGUAGAACUGAAUCCUAAUAACAGGUAUCUUAAAUUGCUCCUGGCCCUGACACUUCAGAAGAAGAAUAAAGCUGAAGGAGAGAACUUAGUUGAAGAAUUUUUGGAGGAAGGCCCACAUGAAUCAGGUAUGCUUCAACUAGCAGCCACAUUUUAUCAAUAUAGAGGAAAACUAGAUAAAGCUAUAAAGCUGUUUGAAAGAGCUUCAGAAAUGUUGCCAAAUAGUACUCGCCUACACAACAUUAUUGGGACUUGCUAUAAAAAUAAAGUCUUUCAAAGAGUUAAGAGAAAUAAUAAAAUGUGUCAAGAAAGUAAAAGAUCAUUAAAGGACGAAGUAAAACAAGGUAUAUAUCAUUAUAAGAAAGCUGAUAACAACAGAAAUCUCUCACAUGUCAACAUAUGUAUUGCUAUGCUCCAUGCAAUAGCAGAUGAGUACGAUGAAGCAGAACAUUACUUCCAACGAGAAUUCAGCAAAAACCUUACUCCUUUACAGAAGCAACACCUCCAUUUACGUUAUGGCAACUUUCAGUCCUUUCAAAUGAAGUGUGAAGAAAAGGCCAUCCACCACUAUAUGGAGGGUGUAAAAAUAAACCGUGAAUCAAAGGAAAAAGAAAAGAUGAAAAGCAAACUGCAUAAAAUUGCCCUAUAUCGGUGUAAGGAAAGUAGAAUGGAUUCUCAGACUUUGGAACUUUUGGAAUUCCUUCAGCUAUAG